AUGAUAAUUAGGUCAGCUACCACUUAUAUGAUGUUUCAUUCCAAGACUCCUAAAUAUCCCAUAACAAGGGAAUUUUUCAGAAAGUUGUUUUCAUCAAAACCUCAAGAACCCAAAGAAUAUUUACUUUAGUCUCCAGAUGUGAAAACAUUUGCAGCUCAUCUCAAAUAAAUGGAGCAAAUUCCUUCUUAAGGAGAAUAGGACUUGGCACUUUUUGAUAAAUUUCAGAUUGGUUCUUCAAUAUUAAGAAAGUAUUUUAGAUUCUUUGUAUACUUUUGCUUUAAAAUGUGUUACCUUUUAUUAGAUGAAUUCAAGAGAUUUAUAAUAUUAGGAAUAAUAUUCUUUUGUUUGUGAAGAAUUUUCAUUUACAUAUAUAACAUUAUCACUAUACA